GCUGUCGACACCGGGGAGGGGGGGAAAGCAGAAACACGGCUGCUUGUGUGUAACACAAGAUUGAGUUUAACGUUAACUUUGCUAGGCUACAUUAACAUGGUUGGAAAAAUAAAACAUAUCCGUCAGAAGAUUCACCAGAAGGCCGUGAAGCUUGACAGGCCGAGCGGCCUGACACAGCUCCCCGAUACUGUGUCGCCUCAGAGUUUAGAGAAGCCUCCUGCCUCCUUCGGACGACACACAAUAAGACCUCCACUUCUGGAAAAUGAGAAGAGUGACACCUCGAAAAGUGUUAAACAGGUUCUGGCAGAGAGCUCCUUCCCCACUGGGAUCUUUGCUGGCACUAAAAUUGCUCCAGAGGCUCUGGUACAAACAUUAAAGUUUGAGGAACCUCCGGAUGUACCCAUACCUGCUAAGAGAGAACCAGACGAGAAGAAAGUCAAGUCGAAGAAAGAGAAGAUGAAGGAGAGGAGGGAGAGAUGGCUCAAUAAGAUCAGCGCCAUCAAACAGGCCAAAGAGCAGCAGGCGGCUGAGGCCCGGAGGCAGGCCACGCCCGUGGUGGGAGACAUGAGACCGCUAGCUGAUGCCCUGCCGGAGCUCUCUCAGCUCAUCGCCCCCGCCGCCGCUACAGCCCCCGCUGCUCGUCGAAAAAGCAGGAAAAACAAAGCGCCGGUGAAGAGACCUGAGCCAACAGAUUUCAGCCAGAUGAAGCAGUCACAGAAACGCAAAUUCCUGGAAGCAGAAACCACCCGGUUUAGUGACGCGGUGAAGACCCUCUCGGCCAAAAUGAACCCUCUGGCGGAUAUCGGUGAGCAGCUAAGGAAGAGGAUGAGGCAGGAAGAGGAGCAAGGUCCCAGCUAACAACAACAACAACAACAACAGCAGCAGCACAUCUCUGUGAAGCUGAAGUGCUUCCAUGGACAAAUUCCAGUCUAUGCUUAAAGUAAGGGAACCACAUCCUUGGAUUUGAAAGGAGAAAGAUCCUGAAACAACCUUGCAUCCUCCUCCAGGAAGCCGCUUCUGGACAAAGAUGCAAAGAUGACUGGCAUGAAGACUUGUGAAUGUUGUACUGGAUAUUCGUUCAGUUUUACUGUCCACAUUUCCUGUUUAGUAAUAAACCACAGCACAUUUAACAUUCAA